AUGAUGGCGCGUUUGCACGGCCGCGUGGUGACGCGGCGCUCUGGCCUCGUGUUCGCUGCACAGGCUGCUCUCAUGCUCUCAGGUGUGCUCUCUUUCUCGUGGUUAUGCGCUCAUCUUCUCAGUUCUACCCCUCCCUCCUCUAACUCCCCUCCCCCCCAUUCUCCCAUUUCCCAGCCGCAUCAUUCCUGUGCGCCAAGAACUGCUGCUGUUCGCCUGCCAGCUGCGAGUAACGCCCCUCACCAUAAGCGAGCUGUUCCCAGCACUCUUUGCUCUCUCCGUUCCAUUCCUCUCCCUGUCCCAUUCCUCUCCUCGUUCCGGGACCCCUUUCCUCCUCUCUCUUCCUACUCGCUUCCUUCCUCCUCCCUCUCUGUUCCUUUCGCCUCAUAUUCGCCAGACUCGUGCGUGCAGCGGAGGUGUGGCGCCAAUGCGGUGUGCGUGAAGGAGAGGGGCGCUUAG